AUUUAAGAUCUAGUCAGGCUAGGUUUAUUUAGGGCUCUUGGCAUUGACGAUGGGAACGUGAGGAGUCCGGUCCACAAUGCGCGCGCUACGACGCCUCCAGUGCUCGGCAUUGCAUUCCAGGGCAUGGAGUAGGGCUGGAUCGGGAAGCUACUCGCCGCCUUGGUAUCCAGUAGCAGAGAAUUCGUAUCGCAUUCGAUCUUUCUGCUCGGGCGCCGAUCGAGGAUUAUUGCACGGCACUAGGCUUAGAUCGUACUGGCAGCAGCAGCGCCAUAGAUCGUGGAGUUUUGCUGCCGCGGCGCUCGUCGCAGUAAGUGCUGUAGGCCUUGCGAUUGCGAUCAGUGACGGUGUGUUGAAUCCGCCGCUGGCUGUGGCUCAAGACAAAAAUACUGGUAAAAAGAAGAAGAUCGUGAUACUUGGCACUGGCUGGGCAGGUGUCAGUCUCUUGAAAGAUUUGGAUGACAAGCAAUACGACGUGGUUGUCAUCUCGCCCAGGAACUAUUUUGUUUUCACGCCCUUGCUGCCUAGCGUCACUGCUGGAACUUUGGAACCACGGAGCAUUACGGAGCCUGUUCGAAGAAUAGUUGCACACCGAAAUGUUAUGUAUUGUGAAGCAGAAUGCACGAACAUCGACCACGUCACAAAGACUGUAACGUGCGUAGAUUGUGCUGAAACGAAACCGUCGAGGCCUCACGUUGAGUUUAAGAUAGACUACGACUAUCUGGUCAUUGCGGUGGGCUGCCAGACGAACACCUUUGGGACGCCUGGAGUUGCCGAGAACUGCCAUUUCUUGAAGGAGGUUGAGGAUGCCGAGAGAAUACAUCAAAACGUGGUGGAUUGCUUUGAAAGUGCCAGCAUUCCCACUCUGUCGGACGCCGAGCGUCGAGCGCGGCUCAACUUUGUUGUUGUUGGAGGGGGCCCGACUGGCGUGGAGUUUGCAGCGGAGUUGUAUGACCUUGUGUACGAGGAUUUGGUGGACCUUUACCCUGUUACUCGUGAUGCAGUCUCUAUAACUCUGAUACAGUCGGGAGAUCACAUACUAAACAUGUUCGAUGAACGCAUUAGUAAAUAUGCGGAAGACAAGUUUAAACGAGAUGGAAUAAACGUUCAAACAAACUGCCACGUUAAUGCAGUAAAGGAAAAUGAAGUAGAGACGACAGAAAAGAAAUCCGGACAAACUGUUAUGAUUCCUUUCAGCUUGGCUGUUUGGUCGACGGGCAUUGGAACACGACCAUUGAUCAGGAAGUUUAUGGAGCAAGUUGGACAGAAGAACAGGCGGGUUUUGGCUACCGACGAGUGGCUUAGAGUAAGAGGUUGCGAAGGAGUGUUUGCAGUAGGAGACUGUGCUACCAUUGAGCAGCGAAAGAUCAUGGAAGACAUAACGUACAUAUUUAAACUGGCUGACAAAGAUCAAAACGGCAUCCUGUCACUAGAGGAGUUCAAAGAAGCAAUGGAAACCAUAAGGGGAAGAUAUCCUCAAAUAGAUAUGUACCUCAAGAGCCACCACCUCGCCAACACUAUGAGCCUACUGCACGAGGCAAAGCAGCUCGGUCAGGAAUCUGAAGUGGAGCUCGACAUUGACAAGUUUAAGCAGGCACUUGCUCAAGUCGAUUCCGAGACGAAACUCCUUCCCGCCACUGCUCAGGUUGCAGCACAACAAGGGACUUACUUGGCGCGCUGUUUCAACGACAUGGAUUACUGCGAGGAGCACCCAGAGGGACCAGUUCGCGUCCGAGCGUCUGGGCGUCACAGAUUUCAACCAUUCAGAUACAAGCAUUUCGGGAUGUUUGCGCCUCUUGGUGGCGAAGAAGCGGCGGCGGAGUUGCCAGGGGAUUGGGUUUCAAUCGGUCGAAGCAGUAUGUGGCUUUGGUACUCGGUGUAUCUCAGCAAGCAAGUCAGCUGGAGGACUAGAUUUGUUGUUCUUUUCGAUUGGACAAAGCGGUUUGUUUUUGGAAGAGAUUCGACUCGUAUUUAAGCCGUCAAGCUUCACUUGUUUAUAAACAUUCUAAUUUGUACCGUGAAUAUAGCCAUUCGUUAUUGUUAUAGAUGUU